AUGGGUGAAUCUAUGCGACGACCCAGCGACAAUGAGUUUACCAUCGGCUGGGUCUGCGCCCUUCUGAAAGAAUACAUUGCCGCCCGCGAAGUCCUAGAUGAAGUCUACGACGAGAAAACUGGCUUCUUGCGAGCCGAAGAUGGCGCAAACUACUACACUCGGGGCAGAGUUGGGCCUCAUAAGGUGGUGAUCGGAUGUCUUCCUGCGGGGAAAUACGGGUUAGUAUCCACAUCGGGGGUAGCGGAGGACAUGAAGAGAAGGUUUUUAUCUAUCGGACUGGUCUUUAUGGUGGGAAUCGGUGGCGGCGUACCGAAUGCGACGACUGAUGUGCGUCUUGGGGAUGUGGUGAUCGGGUCUAGGGUUGUGCAAUAUGGCUUCGGUAAAAGAACAACGGAAGGAUUCAAGAUAACUGGUGAGACCUUUUCUCCAGCUCCAGAAUUUCGCCCCUCAAUAAAUACCCUAAGAACGCGUCUUUCCAAUGGGAUCGAUCUCCACACGAAUCUGGAAGCCACAUUCGACAAGUCUCAAGCUACUAGAGACACAUUUCGCAGACCUGCACCGCACACAGACCGACUGUAUGCACCUGAAUAUGUGCAUACAAGAGGUUGCGAAUGCGCAAAUGAAAAGGCUGCGUGGCAUCCCCAUCUAGUCCAGCGUCCCCCUCGCAGCAACAGAUUGAUCGAGGUUCACGAAGGGACUAUCGCAUCGGCUGACCAGGUCAUGAAAGACGCGAAGACAAGAGAUCAACUCGCACAUGAGAUAGAAGCCAUUUGCUUUGAGAUGGAGGCGGCUGGCCUUUCAGAUACCUUUAAUUGGAUCGCAAUUCGCGGGAUCUGUGAUUAUGCCGACGCUCACAAGAACGAUCAAUGGCAUGGAUAUGCCGCUGCCGCUGCCGCCGUCUGUGCCAAAGAGCUGCUACUCACCAUUCCUCCGGUUGAUUCCACAGGUACAGAGCCAGUGAGUGAGCAGCAGCGAUGGGCUGUUGACCGUGCAGACUUCACGCGACUCCUUGAAAAAGUGCCCUCUGGAAUGGUGACGACCUUGCACAGUGCCUUUAUUGGGAUCUGCCUUCUACUGGCUAUUUUUGGGCAAUUGAUUUGGUCCUUUUACCUUUGGCUAUUAUCAGUGGCAGCGAACAUCGAAUCCCCUGACUUCAAGGGUCCGAUGAAACCAGCACAGCCUGUGCAGGGUCCUACGCAACAGUUCGGGAGCGCACCCAUACAUAUCAACAUCUACGUUGGCCAGCAAGCAAUGUCUCACGCACGAAGACAGAGUGGAGCGGAUUGGAUAGAAUCUCCGGAUCAAUGCCCGACGGACUUUUCUACCAUUCAGUGGGACGGUGCUGGGAGGGAAAAGGUGUUGGGCAGUACCGCAGAGCUUCUUCAAGGAGUGCGAGCCCUGAUGGGCAAAGAGAUCGGUAGGAAUAUCUCUAUAAGCAUCCCACACCAUACCGGCGGCCCACUUUCGCCUGCCGACUCCAGCUGUGAUCCGCUUGAGAGGAUACCUUGGCAGCAACAGGAUGCACCCGUUGAGAGGACAGACUCCGUAUCCAGUGCAUCCAAACCCCCAGUACCUCCACGGUCCAAGAAACCACACGGCUACGUCUCGAGGCGUAACACACAGAUUCCCGUUCCCAAUUCCAUGGCGAAAAGAAACAAACACUCAACCGAUCAGAAAAAUAAUAAAUGCCCGGAGGCCGGCGAGGAAGUUCCAGAAAUUGUGGCUCUAAUUAAUGAAUUCCGAGGACGGGCAUCCGUUUGA